CGCCGCCUCUAGGGAUGGACGGUCAGACUCUGCGGAAGGCUGAGAGAAGCCGGUCCUGCUCUCGGGAGAAAAAGGAGGGUUACGCUAAGGACAUGGUGACAGACUUUGAUGAGAAACACGAUGAGUAUUUAAUUUUGCUCCAGCAGAGGAACCGGAUAAUAAAGCAUUUGAAAGCCAAGGACCCCAUGCAGUUGAGACUGGAGCACCUGGAACAGGGGUUCUCUGUCUACGUCAACGGGGCCAAUUCUGAACUGAAGACGUCCCCUCGGAAAGCCGUCCACUCUGACUUCUCCAGAAGCACCUCCCACACCGAGGGGACUCACGAUUGCGGACGAAGAACCCUGUUUCGAGAAGCCGAAGAAGCGUUAAGGCGCAAUUCACGGACAGCCCCCAGCAAAGUCCAGCGCCGAGGAUGGCACCAGAAAUCUGUGCAGAUCAGAACGGAAGCCGGCCCGCGGCUCCACAUCGAGCCUCCUCUGGACUAUUCCGAAGAUUUUGAGCCAUGUGGGGGUGUGACCGCCAAGGCAAAUGAUGCUUCUGGGGAUCGUCCACAGGAUACCAAAUCUCCCACCAGCACCACACCCUGUGAUUUUAAUUUCUCCUUUCUGAAUGCACAUGGACGCCCUGAACCUCCAAGCAGUGCGGACAGAGAAAGGAUCCUCUUAACUAUUCAGGAUGUAAUGGAGCUAAGAAAAAGCCUGGAACUUAGUGUCAAUCUACAAAGGAGAGAAAAGGAUGGGUCCAGUGACGAGUAUGAUUCUGUUGAAGAAGAUGUACUCUCUGAGCCAGAGCCCGAGGACCAGGUGCUGAUGGGCCAUCCCAAAGAUGACCCUCCUCUCUCCAGCGGGGACUCGGUGCAGAAGGAUGUUUCCGAGGACCAGGAGACAGAAGGACGCCCUCCCCAGGGCCCAGACACCCUUGUAGUGCUGGAAUUUAACCCAGCUUCCAAAAGUAAUAAAAAGGAAAGGAAUUUGUCUGCUAAGCGGAAGGACAAUGCUGAGGUCUUCAUUCCCAGCAAACCUGAGCCAAACCUGAGUCCCCAGCCCCUGACCGUGUCCCCAGACCAGGAGAGGGCAUGCUCAAGACCUGGAAGCCGCCGAGAGAGACCCCUAUCAGCAACCCGAAAACCUGUGCGUGAGGCUGAGGACCGAGAGGAAGACGCCACGGCCGUGCUCAGAGCCAUCCAGGUGGAGAAUGAGGCCCUGCAGAGGGCAAUCCUCAGCAGAAAGGCUGAGACCCCCACCAGCCCACCGCAGGACACAGAGAGACCACCAGCAAAGUCGUGGACCACUCUGCUGAAGGAGGAGAACCCUGAGCUGCCUCCCAUCACCACGGCGACCAGCAUGCAAGAGCCAGCCAGAGCGGCAGGGGGAGCCAGAGCCGUCAGUGAAGCCAUCGACAGAAUCGGCCUUUUGGGGAGCAGACAACAGCAGAAGCUUCUGCAAGUCCUCCAGGCCAUCGAAAAUGACUCCGCCCAUCUCAGCCAGGUUGUUUCACCCACUGAGGAGCAAGUGCUGGACCCAGAGGACAAAUCGGGACCAAAAGCAGAAGAGAUCAAAGAUGCCAUCUACGUGACCAUGGAAAUCCUGUCCAACUGGGGCAACACAUCGUGGGUGGGUCUCACGGAAGUUGAGUUCUUUGACCUGAACAACACAAAGCUUUAUGUGUCGCCUCAUGACGUGGAUAUCCGGAACACGGACACACCCGGGGACCUGGGCCACCUGGUCAACAGGAACUCAGCUGGCAAGAAGAUCCCUUCCUUGUGGAUGUGCCCCUUCCACCCGCCGCUCCAGCUCUUUUUUGUUAUCCGCAACACAAGACAGCUGCAUGACUUUGGUCUCACCGAGAUCAAGGUUUGGAAUUACUGGACGGCUGACGGCGAUCUUGACAUUGGGGCCAAGAACAUGAAGCUUUAUGUCAACGAAAAACUCAUCUUCGAUGGCAAGUUAGACAAAGGCGGUGGUGAGGCCCCGCAGAGCAUCCUUGUGGGCCUGCAAAAUAAGAGAAUGGAGAACAGUGUUACCGCCCAGUUGGAAGAAAGCAAAGGUGCCCACGAGAGGGCUGGCACCGAUGGGGACAAGGAGCUCGGUGCCAGUUACUCGCCACCAGCUGGAGCAGCAGAGGAUGUGAAGGUUUCUUCACAAGGAAGUGUAUUUGGUGGAAGGAUGAAUUCUCCUGACUGCGUGAAAGACGACUUGUCCAAGUUAAAGGAAGAGUCCAGAUUUUUAGCCACCCCAUCCUCGCCAGGGGGCGUGCCCAGUGCCCCUCCCCGCUCCCCCACUGUGGAAUGCCCUCCUCCUCUGGACCAGGAGCUCUCGCUCAUCCAACAGCUGGAAAACCUCACUGGCAGAAAAGUCUCUGAGCCACCAGGGAAAACCCCAUCCUGGUUACAACCUUCUCCUGCAGGGAAAGGCAGGAAGCAGGGAGGCCCGAAGCUGAAGCCCCUCUGGCUGAGUCCGGAGAAGCCGCUGGACUGGAGAAGCAGGCUUCCGUCAGAUGACAUCAUCCAUGAGGGGCCUGGAGAGACCGAGGCCGGGGAUAAAGGCCCCAAGCGUGAGCAAGGGCGGGCGAGCUGCCAGGAUGUCACUGCCGUUGAGAGAGCCCAGAGGGCACCCCCCAAAGUCUGCGGUGAUGACUUUGACAUCUUUAACCAGCCCUGCCACAGGGAGCACCCUGCUAGUGGGAGGAGGGGCCUGAGAAAGGACGCCCUCGGCAGCAGUCAUGGUGACGUGCAGCCAACCAGCAGAGAAGAUGCCUGGUCCACCCGGACGCCACCGCGGCCCUGGUGGCACAGCGAACAGGAACACACCUUACAUGAAUCGUGGGACUCCCUCACGGCCUUUGACCGCUCCCACCGGGGACGCAUCUCCAACAUAGAUUUCCAAGGCGACAUCCUGGACGAGUUCCUGCAGCAGCAGAAGAGCAGCCGGCACAGUGACCAGCGGCCCCCCUGGAAGGAGGAGAAGCCGGAGCCCGUGAAAGGGCAGGACCACGGCUCCCUAGAGACAGACGACGGGGGUGACUUUAAAAUCCCCGUCUUGCCCUAUGGACAGCACUUGGUCAUUGACAUCAGGUCCACGUGGGGGGACAGGCACUACGUUGGCCUUAACGGGGUAGAAAUAUUCAGCUCCAAGGGAGAGCCGGUGCGCAUCGCGAACAUUCAAGCCGACCCCCCGGACAUCAAUAUCUUACCAGCCUAUGGGAAAGACCCCCGUGUGGUCGCCAACCUCAUCGAUGGAGUGAACAGGACCCAGGACGACAUGCAUGUCUGGCUGGCCCCCUUCACGCCGGGCAAGUCCCACUCCAUCUCCAUCGACUUCGUGCAGCCUUGCCAGGUCGCCCUGAUCAGGAUCUGGAAUUACAAUAAAUCGCGGAUACACUCCUUCCGGGGCGUGAAGGACAUCACGAUGCUGUUAGAUGCGCAGUGCAUCUUUAAGGGGGAAAUCGCCAAGGCCUCAGGAACCCUGACGGGAGCUCCAGAGCACUUUGGAGACACAAUCUUAUUCACUACCGACGAUGACAUCCUCGAGGCCAUCUUCUGUUCCGAUGAGACGUUUGACUUGGACGUGGAGAGCCUGUGCAGCCUGCAGUGCGAGGAGGCGCUGAGGAGGCCCAGCACGGCCGACGGCCAGGGGGAGGAGAGGCCCUACACCCAGGCCGGCUCAUGGGCCGAUGACCGGGUCCUGGAGCCAGAGCUGGCCCCCAGUCCCCGUGUCCCUGAAUUCAGCACGCCAGAGCCAGGCAUCUACCACGGCCUCUGCCUCCAGCUGAAUUUCACCGCCUCUUGGGGAGACCUGCAUUACCUGGGGCUCACAGGCCUGGAAGUGGUGGGCAGGGAUGGCCAGGCAUUUCCCAUCAACCUGCACCAGAUCUCUGCCUCCCCCAGAGACUUAAAUGACCUCCCUGAGUACACCGACGACUCCCGGACCCUGGACAAGCUAAUCGACGGAGCCAACAUCACGAUGGAGGAUGAGCAUAUGUGGCUCAUCCCCUUCUCGCCGGGGCUGGACCACGUGGUCACGAUCCGCUUCGACAGAGCCGAGAGCAUCGCGGGCCUGCGCUUCUGGAACUACAAUAAAUCUCCCGAGGACACCUAUCGAGGGGCCAAAAUCGUCCACAUCUCCCUGGAUGGCCUGUGCGUCUCCCCUCCUGAGGGCUUCCUCAUCCGGAAGGGGCCAGGCAACUGCCACUUUGAUUUCGCUCAAGAAAUCCUCUUUGUGGACUACCUGCAGGCCCGCCCGCUGCCCGCGCAGGCCCAGAGGCUGGACAUGAAGAGCCUGGAGCGGGCGAGCAUGGACUACGAGGCGCCCCUCAUGCCCUGCGGCUUCAUUUUCCAGUUUCAGCUCCUGACCAGCUGGGGUGACCCCUAUUACAUCGGUCUUACCGGCCUGGAGCUGUAUGAUGAACGGGGAGAAAAAAUCCCUCUGUCGGAAAACAAUAUCGCCGCCUUCCCCGACAGCGUCAACUCCCUGGAGGGCGUGUGCGGGGACGUCCGGACCCCCGACAAGCUCAUCGACCAAGUGAACGACACCAACGACAGCAGGCACAUGUGGCUGGCUCCCAUCCUGCCUGGCCUGGUGAACCGGGUUUAUGUGAUUUUCGAUCUGCCUACCACAGUGUCAAUGAUCAAACUGUGGAAUUACGCGAAAACACCUCAUCGAGGGGUGAAGGAGUUUGGCCUCCUGGUGGACGACCUGCUCGUGUACAACGGGAUCCUGGCCAUGGUGGGCCACCUGGUGGGGGGCAUCCUGCCCACGUGUGAGCCCACCGUGCCCUACCACACCAUCCUCUUCACCGAGGACAUGGACAUCUGUCAUCAGGAGAAGCACACCACCAUCAGUAAUCAGGUGGAGGAUCAGGAUGUGCAGAUGAUGAACGAAAACCACAUCGUUAGCAACUCGAAAAGGAAGCAGAAUGCAGUUGACCCAGCCUUACGCCCCAAAACCUGCAUCAGCGAGAAGGAGGCAGCGAGACGGUGGCGGUGCUGACCCGAGAAGGAGGGGGCGCUGGUCCUCUCAGCCAGGGUGGGGUUCUGUCACCAGCCCCCACUCAGCACCCUCGUCCCCCACCCUCAGGCCUCCGUGUGAGCCAGCCCAGACCCCAGACCCCAGGGGCUGGAAGGGAGCUGCAGCGUGGAGGGGGCCUGCUGGGGAGAAGGGACUCAAGGGGUGGAUGGCCCUGGGAAACACAGGAGUUCCAGAAAGAAGGAGGAAAGGGUGUGGUGUGGCCUUUUGCUGUCCCCUGUGGUUCUUGGGCCAGCUGCAGGCAGCCCGGGGACACCUGGCUCUGUGCCUCUCCUGUGAGACCCAGCAAAGCAGGGCCCAAGUCCCCUCAGGCUUGUCAUGGGAUCCGUGGGCUCGGCCUGACUCCAGGCAGCACAGUGAUGUGGCCUGGGGAGGCCUCCCGGCCAGCCAUCCCAGGCUGAGCCGGGCGGAGGAGACCAGGCCUCUAACACCAGCACCAACAGACAUGAGGCCCUGCCUUCAGAGGCCCAAGCUGAGGCACCAACAACCCCCACCCCCACCACAUCCCUGCCUCCUCUGGGGGCUGGCGGAGCCAGCUGAGAGGGUGCGAUGUUCCCCUGGACCCCUCCGAUGUCUAGCCUGGACUGCUACAACCCCUUCACUCACCCCGGGUCCCACCCAGGCCCAGCUGAGAAGGAGGGAUCCCCUGAGGGGAGCUGGUCCUGCAGAGCCUCUGUCCUCUGGUCAAGCCCUAGAAGGGAUCGGCCAAGGGCAUGUGUCCUACUGAGGAACAGAGGGAGCUGAACACACCCGUGGCACGGAGCCGGCCCCACCCUGGCAUGUGGGCACUCGUCCCUGCAAUGCUGCCAGGCUCCGAUAGGACAGGCGGGCAGCUUCAGACCCCAGAGGGCCAGUAGGACCCAUCCAGUUGCCCUCUGGAUGCAAGGCUGGGAGACAGAGGACCAGUGCCACAGCCUGAGUCAGGCCCCAGAGGCCACGCCCCCUCCCACUUGAAGUAGCCCGGAGGGGCGGUCCUCACUGCACUGCCCGCAGCAUCCCUGCCCUUGGUCUGAUCCAGGCUUUUCUCACUUGCUGUCCCCCUUUCUAUCUGUCCUUGCCCCCAUGUCCCGGGCGUCAGGCAGUGAGGUUCCUGUUGCCUGGGACCCCCACCCCUUCUCCCUCUUCCAGCAGCUUCCCAGCAAGUUGGAAAUGUGCCUUGCACCCCCAGCUGCGGGAAGCCCAGAAUGUAUCUAUUUCCAUCUAUGUAACAAGCUCGGAUCAGGGACCUAAUUGGUUUCCCAGUGGUGGGUAAUUUCUCGUUCCAAAUAUUAAUCCGUUGUUUUCCUGGCGCCCGGCCCCGCCGUGGUACUGUACGCCAAGUACGUUCCUAUGCAACCAAAAGCCCCAGCAAAUACUUUAUGAGCUUUGCAGCUUCAGCCAAGCAGCUAUGCAAAUGAGCUUUUCAUUUGGAGCGUGGGGCCGAUGUGAAGAUAAGGAAUUGUUUCUCCCAGAGAAGAUCCAUCAUUUCUGUAGCUUCCAAGCCCCGGGCUUCUCUGCUCACCUCCCAGAUGUGGCCUCUGGGCUCCCAGGAGAGCUGACGCCUGGGGGAGUCGGGGACUGAUCAAACCAGCUUUUAGUGUCCAAAACCAGUGCCGUGGCUUUCAAGGGAGCUCAGCCUUCCAUCUCCACCAAGACAUGUGUGCAGGUCAGAUGGGUCCGGGAGAUUGCACGAGCGCCGCACACACUUGCUCCCGGAAUCUCAGUUGAUGUUUAUGAUAAUUGUAUGUACCGUGCAAUUUAGGAGGGAAAAAAAAAAGCCUCACAGGCAUUAACUCUAAAAUAAAUUUCUAUUUUUUUCUCUCGCAA